AUGGACCAGCACUACCAGCACCACCAGCAGCUGCAGCUAAGACAGCGGGAGAAGACAGAGACAGCUGUCUCCUCUUCCUCCACCCAAGACAGGGACACCUUUCUUGGUGAGAAUUAUGCCUUCAAUAUACAGCUGAAGUUUUCCUGCAUUUCUGUUAGAGCUACAGCAAAGGUUUGCGUCACUGACUGUGCCAUCCUGAGACCAUCUUACAGUCAGCGCCUUUAUCACCAGCAAUCCCAACUAAGCUCUGCCUGUGCUAAAAGUGAAUGGUGACAUCAACCAAUAAAUUAGUCUGUGCAUAAGGCAUACAACUGCAAAGAGCUCGUUCUCACUCUGGACAGGAGCAGGAGCUUCCCCAAAGCGACAAGAGCAGCAGCUUACCUUUCUGCCUCAGCAAUGGCAGAAGCUGUUAUAAGACACUGGGUAGAAACUCCCAUACGCUAUCAAGAGCAGUUUGCUCUCCAAGAACUGGAAGCACACAAACUAGACCACUCUUUAUAUGCUUUGCCAGGCCCUGCUACAGCUGCACUGAGCAACACAAGGUGUAUCACAGAAAAUACAGCUGAAACUGGGAAGAAUGGCCAGAAAGAGGAAACCACACACUUUCAGGUUUUGCUGGAUGUUGUGCAGUUCCGUCCUGAAGAUAUCAUUAUUCAGACUUUUGAAGGCUGGCUUCUGAUUAAAGCUCAGCAUGGACCCAGGAUGGAUGAACAUGGUUUCAUAUCCAGAAGCUUUACCAGACAAUACAAAUUACCUAAUGGAGUGGAGAACAAAGAUUUGUCUGCACUUUUCUGCCAUGACGGUAUUUUGGUUGUUGAAAUGAAGAACUCAGUGGAAAAGAAUUAG